GUCUGGAAAUGUUCCGAACCGACGGUUCCGAAUCGACGGUCCCCCGUGGCGCACACUAGCUGAGGCCGAGAACGUUUGUCGACCGUUGGAACGGAGUGACUUGGAACUGAAGCCGAACAAUCAUUCUCGUUCCUUCCUCAGCACGAAUCUUCCAAUAGACAGGAAAAUCAACGCAUCACUGACAAGUUUCCCAGGAGGCUGUUAGCUAUCUUUACCAAGUCAAAGCCCAAUUCGUCGAUCAGCCGGAUAUCUAUAAUAUGUUCCUCUACCUCUUGAAAGAUUAUGAGAGUAAAGUAAUUGACAUUCCUAGCCUCAUUAACCCUACAUCAGAAUUGUUUGCUGGACAUCCGAGCCUCGUACGAAGAUUUAGUACAUUCUUGCCUCAGGGAUACCAAAUUGAAUGCAGCGCUAGCAAUGAUCCAAAUACCAUCUGCGCCACUGACUGUUCUGUCGCAAAUAACGCAUCAACGCCGACACAAACUGCACAAGGUGCCAGUAUCAAUGGUGCUGCGCCUCAGCAGCCAGAUGCUUCGAAAGAUGAUAAGUCAUUGGACUUUUCGACGGCGAUGGGCCCAUGGAGCACGAGCAUGCCAGCCCCUCAAAUGCUCGCCAUAUUAAUACAGCCGCCAGAACUCACUCGGCAGAAAAUAGAACUGUUUCCCCCCAUCGUGGUACAGCUGUUGCAGCCCGAGGACAUGCCAAACGCCUGGGCUAUCGCGACGCUGCUCAGCAAUGGCACAGAUGUUACAGAUCAGCUCGGAGGAGAACUUAUUCAGUCUCCCAUUGACGGAGCCUUUCGUUUCCCUGGGCUGUCGGUUCAUGGAGAAGGAGUAUAUUGCGUCAGGAUAUGCCUAUAUCAAAUGGAUUCCGACUCUUGUCCUAAAGGUGUUGCUCAGGUCGGGUGUGUGGAUAGCAAUGAUAUCAUUAUAGCACCUCGACCUGACUUCGUGGCAAUCAGUCGAUCCAUUGGGGAUGUUACAACUGCUCAAGUCUCAGCAUGGCCGCGCCUUCGAGAACUAGAGAUUGUGAUAAUGUUUUGAUCCGCAAUUGCCAGCGUCAAUUGACUUGAAUACACUAUCGUAUUGCUCGAACUGAGGACGAGCACCAAUGUGAGGAGUUGGAGGGAUAAGCACCAUCAAAGUAGUUACUGUAACGUAACAGGCUUAUGUAUUCAUUAUCUAUAGAUCUAGAAGCAUAACUUGGGUUUGCAGCUUUGCUUGCUGGCAACAUAUAAAGCGGGAGAUAAUUCAAAAAUAACAGAAGAGUUCCAAGUUUCAAACCAUCUUAACCA